AUGAUGUGCAUGUGCGGCGCCAAUGAGGACAGGUUGUCUCCCAAGGAUGCAAACAAAACUGAAGGAACUAAGAAAAAUGCGGUGACCUUCGUAGACCACACCUCCAAGCAGAACAACGCUUCACUUGUGCGCGCCAGCAAGAUUACAGACGUGGAUCUCCGUCCGCAGGAGGGCAUUAUAUGUCACCUUUGCGGAGAGGGGCCGAUGGAGAAUGAUAAUGAGUUAUCUCAGCAUCUGGAACACUUACAUUAUAGUGCCUACAAGGAGAGGUUCGAUCGUUUCCGACGUCGAGGUCUGCUGGGUGGCAUUAUUGACCCAUUGAAAACCUGCUUCCAGUGUUAUAGAGUUUUUGACUCAUUUUUGGCUCUUCAAGUUCACCUCACUGUGGCACACGGUACUCUCUACCCCCUCGUCUGCGGCCUCUGCCACGAGCCACUGACCAGUCAGGCUUUUGCAGAGCCGACCAUUGAAGCGGAAGUUACCCAGAUCAUAGAGACCGUGCUUGAGAAGGUUGACGCAAACCUCAGGGAUUAUGUUGAAUCCCAUGGCGCCUUGGCGACGGUUGAUUUGGAGAAGGUCCUGCCGCCAGUGGAUAUGACAGCAACAACGGCCGCAGUGCGACAUGCCAUCAACGCCGGCCUCACGAUAGCCAUACAAGUGGAGGAGCUGAAG